UGUGAAGGGCCUAUGUUGUCAAAUGAUUAGUGGCAGAGCAGUGGUAGUGGCAAAUAUGCUAGCAUAACAUUUGCUCGUUUUACACACCUUCAGCAUUUUCUUCCAAAGUGCCAUUUUAAGUGGUAGAUUUAGUAAGCUGUGCCGUUGAUAUACCCUUUCAUUUAAAUCGACAUUGUCAAGAAUGUCAACUGAUAAUUAACGGUAGCUAGCCUUUCCGCUAACGACAUGUCAUUGACUAACUUUGCGAUGUAGAAAAGAGUAGAAGGGUAGAUUCAGAAAACAUAUUUAUGAAUAUUGUAGAAAGACGUUUUUGUUUGGUGUUCUUUCGGAAUGGCAGACGAAGCUCUAUUCCAGUUUCUUCACAAUGAAGUCAUUCAAUAUGUGUACAAAUCAGCCGAGAGUGGAGAGAUGGAAAAUGGGAGAUGUAUUACCAAACUGGAAAACAUGGGAUUUAGAGUCGGACAAGGACUCAUUGAAAGAUUUACAAAAGAUACUGCACGCUUCAAAGAUGAACUUGACAUCAUGAAGUUCAUCUGCAAGGACUUCUGGACCAGUGUUUUUAAAAAGCAAAUUGACAACCUGAGGACAAACCACCAGGGUAUUUAUGUACUUCAAGACAACAAAUUCCGUCUACUUACACAGUUGUCUGCAGGUAAACAGUAUCUGGAACAUGCUCCAAAGUAUCUGGCAUUCACUUGUGGCCUGGUGAGAGGGGGGCUCUCCAACCUCGGAGUGAAAAGUAUUGUUACGGCGGAAGUGUCUGUCAUGCCUGCAUGUAAAUUCCAGGUCAUGAUUCAGAAGUAAACAAACUGGACACUCCAUCCAAUAUCCAUAGAUAUAUUGAUCAUCCUUGUUGCCUUUUCUGUUGAUUUUGAAAGGGAAACUUGAAAUAUCCUGCAUGAAAUUAAUGUUAUGAUCUCUUAAGUGUCUUUCUUUCAGUAUGUCUUAUUGUUACAUUAACUGUAAUCAAUUAUGAAUCAUGAAGUUUAUUUUUAGGAGUAGAGUCAACUGAUUAUCGACAUGUGUAAUUAUGUUUGCACUGAGUAUCCACUAAAGGCCUAUGAUUGCACAAAGUUAGGAAUUAUGUUAUUUUAAUGGUCUUGUCUAAACAUCCCUAAGCACUAUUGUGAUAGCAGCAUACACAUAAUGUACACAUUCAUAUACAGCAUAUUAAUUAUUUUAUCAUGUAGUUAAAUAAUUAUGCAUUUUUAAUUAUAUGUUACUAUGUGAUGUCAUAGCUUAAAA